GGAAGUCUCUCAGGAGAGGGGAAGCCGCGCCGCCAGAAGCCUCGCCAGUAUGGGCCGCAACAAAAAGAAGAAGCGAGAUAGCAGCGACCGGCGGCCCCGACUCGUGCUCAGCUUUGAUGAAGAAAAACGGCGGGAAUUCCUGACUGGCUUCCACAAGCGGAAAGUGGAGCGUAAGAAGGCAGCCAUUGAGGAAAUAAAGCAGCGGCUGAAGCAGGAGCAGAAGAAGCUGCGCGAGGAGCGCCACCAGGAAUACUUGAAGAUGCUGGCCGAGAGAGAGGAGGCGCUGGAGGAGGCCGAUGAGCUGGAGCGGCUGGUAACAGCUAAGACAGAGUCGGUGCAGUACGACCACCCCAACCACACAGUGACCGUCACCACCAUCAGUGACCUGGACCUCUCUGGGGCCCGGCUACUUGGACUGCCCCUUCCUGAGCAAGGGGCCGGAGCUGGGUCUGAGGAGGCGCCAUCCAUGGAGAAGUCAACUAGAGCCUUACCCAGGAAAUCCAAAGACCCCCUGCUGUCUCAGCGAAUCUCCUCCCUCACGGCCUCACUGCAUGCACACAGCCAGAAGAAGGUCAAGAGGAAAGCCCCUCGCCGGGCCCAGGGCUCCAGCGUGAAGCCGCCCAGUGCCUCUCGUACCAGCAAGACCCAGCGCCGCCGAAUGACAGGCCGAGCCCGGCACAGCGGGGAGUGAGCCCCAACGGCACCUCAGCUGGGCGCCCCUGAAGGCCAGCUCCACAUGGGACGACCCAGCCUGAGCGUGGGCGGCCAGGCCCUGUCCAGCCGGCGCCACCGUGCCUGAGGACUGCCCGACUGCCUCCCAGCCACUGGGGUUCGGGUGUUUGCCCCGUGAACAGCUGUUUCCACCUUCCAAAGGAAGAUCAUCUUAAGGGCUGGGAAGGGGCUCAGUGGUAGAGCGCUUGCCUUGCAUGCAUGAGGCCCUGGGUUCCAUUCCU